UUAACGCGGUUGCUUGUGAAAUUGCUGAAAAAGAAAUUGCGUCCUGCAACAAAGUAGUCAAAGGAUGAGCACCUGGAACCCGGAAAACGAUGUGGACCUCCUGUCCGGCUCCGAGGACGAGGAGGCAGUGGCCAUGAAGCGGGACUACCACGGUCGGGAGGCCCUUCUGUUCGUUGUGGACGCAAAUCUGCAGACAUCCGGCGUGGAUCGCCUGAUGGAUGCUCUGAACAUCAUUCGCACAGCCUUUAUAUCCGGAAUCCUGGUCAACGACAAGGACCUCAUCGGGCUUCUAUUCGCCAACACCAAGCACAGUCCUCCGCCGCUGGAAGCCAAUGCCUUGGACAACAUCGUGAUGCCAGAGGACUGCGCCGUGUUCCUGCCCCUACGACAGCUAACUAAACCCAUUGUGGAGCACUACCUGGAGUUCAUGGGCGGUGUGGAGACACAGUUCGCCAGCACGUACGGCCUAGUAGAGCCCGAUGGGCACGGCAGGUUUGACCUUAUGAUCCGCCUUUGCAUCGAGAUGCUGGAGAAGUGCGGCAAGAAGUUGAAUAACGCCAAGAUCGUUUACUUGACCGAUGUGAGCACGCCGCAUCCGUCGUUCAGCAAUCAUUUUCAGGCUGCCCUGCAAAAGGCCAGCGACUUGGAAGGCAAAGAGUUCGAAUUUCAUGUUAUUCCCAUGGUAGAUGACUUUGAUUACGAGCCUUUUUACAAAGAAUUCAUCACUCUUUCAAGAGCCAUUGAAAUGGACUCCUUUAAAGUACCAGAUGCCCAAAUGCUGCGAGAGAUCCUGGCUGACCGCAAGCUGAAGCAGGACUUCCUGCGCCGCUGCCUGGGCCACUUCAGCUUCUUCCUGGGUCCCAACCUCUCCAUGUCCGUACAAUACUACAACUAUUUUCAGCGACGCGCCUAUCCGCGCAAAGUGCAAAUCCUGCGCAGGGACAACAGCUUGGUGAGCACGAAGCGGGUGAUCACGGUGCAAAAGAAGGACGAGGAGUCUGAGGAAGUUCUUCAUGAGUACCAGAUCAAGUCGACGGGCGGUUGGUACAGUUGCAACGUGGGCGGCCAGAACCUGCGAAUAAGCACGGAGCAGAUGAACCGGAUACGCAACCUGCACAAGCCUCAAAUGAUGCUGCUGGGCUUCAAGCACCGCUCCUCCCUGCCGGAAGUGAUCUACAGCAAGCCUUCGAACUUUAUGUAUCCCGACGAUCAGAGCAUCAUCGGAUCAAAGCGUCUAUUUCGGGCUCUGUGGGAGCGCUGCUUGGCGCGUGAGAAGAUAGCCAUCUGCUUGUUUAUGAGCAGGCGCAAAUCAAUCCCGCGUUAUGUGGCUCUUGUGCCGGUCGAGGCACCAGACAAAGAGGAGGAGAAGAACUACCGCUCGCUGCUCUGUGGUGAUGGUUUUAAGAUUGUCUACCUGCCGGAGGCCAAGCACAUCCGGAACAUAGACAUGUACGAUUGGAACGAUACUGGAAAUACGGCUUCCGACGAGGGCGUCGAGUUUUUCCAGAAGGUCAUCAAGAAGCUGCGUAUUGACUACCAACCCAAUCUUAUCAACGAUCCAAGUCUGGAUGCCUUGCAGGCCAAUCUUCUGGCCCUAUCCCUCGACUUCACGACGGACAACAAAAGCAUUGAUAAUCUGCUGGACACCACGCAACAGGACAAGCGCAUCGAAAAGAUUCUGCCUGACUACGAGAAGAUCUUCGAUCCGGAGGAGGAGCCAGCCAAGAAAAGAGCGGCUAAAUCCACCGCAGACGGUGCAAGCGCCCCGAAAAUACCCAAGGUCGACGAGAAGCAGCUCAAGGACUUGAACUUUGUAAAGGGCCUUAUCAAGGAUCAGAGCUUGUUAAACUGCACAGCAGUCCAACUUCAGUUUAUUUUGAGGUUCCAUUUCGAUAUCUCGAUGCCCAAGUCCUCAAAAAAGGACAAAUUGGUCGAGCGAAUCGAGGCAACUUGUGAUUACACCGCCUAAAGUGAUACGAAUGUUAUAAUUGUUGGUAUAUAUUCCUAAUCCUAAGAUUUAUUAUUGAUACGUUUAAGUUUCGAUCUUCAAUUAUUUAUCCCUUAACUAGUUUCAAAAUAAAAGGGAGUUAGGUUAUAAGUAUGAAUACAAUUGUAAUUAUAUUUAUCAAUAAGCUAUGUUGUAAACAUAAAAAUAUGAAUAAACGCCUUUUUGGAACCGAUCAAA